GACUCUCCUCCGGAACCUGCCAGUGUCUCCUCGAGCCAAGGCGCCAUGAGUUGUCAGAUGUCGUGCAAACCCAGGGGACGAGGCAGCGGCGGCGGGGGCGGUGGAUUCCGGAGCUUCAGCAGUGGCUCAGCGGUGGUCUCUGGUGGGAGCCGCAGGUCCGGCUCCAGCUUCUCGUGCCUGAGCCGCCAUGGCGGCGGCGGCGGCGGCGGCGGCGGCUGCGGCGGAGGGGGCUUUGGCAGCCGGAGUCUCGUGGGCCUCGGCGGGAGCAGGAGCAUCUCCAUGAGCGUGGCUGGAGGAGGUGGCAGCUCUGGUGGAUUUGGGGGCAGAGGCGGCGGCUUCGGCGGCGGCUUCGGCGGCGGCAUCGGUGGCGGCUUCGGCGGCGGCAUAGGAGGUGGCAUCGGAGGUGGCAUCGGAGGUGGCAUCGGCGGCGGCAUUGGUGGUGGCUUCGGUGGAGGCCUCGGUGGCUUCGGCGGUGGUGGUUUUGGUGGCGGCGGAUUUGGUGGAGGCCGUUUUGGAGGUCCUGGGGGAUCCGGGCCUGGAGGAUUUCCUGGUGGCGGCAUCCACGAAGUGUCCAUCAACCAGAGCCUCCUGCAGCCGCUGAACGUGAAAAUUGACCCCGAGAUCCAGAAUGUGAAGACCCAGGAGCGGGAGCAGAUCAAAACGCUCAACAACAAAUUUGCCUCCUUCAUUGACAAGGUGCGGUUCCUGGAGCAGCAGAACCAGGUGCUGCAGACCAAGUGGGAGCUGCUGCAGCAAAUGGAUGUCGGCACCCGCUCCACCAACCUGGACCCUCUGUUUCAAGCCUACAUCGCCCAGCUGAAGAAAUACGUGGAUUCACUCAUUGCAGAAAGAACGUCACAAAAUUCCGAGCUGAGCAACAUGCAGGAUCUUGUUGAAGAUUUUAAGAAGAAGUACGAGGAUGAGAUCAACAAACGCACAUGUUCUGAGAACGAUUUUGUGACACUCAAAAAGGACGUGGACAACGCCUACAUGACCAAGGUAGAGCUGCAGUCCAAGGUGGACGUGAUGAACCAGGAACUUGAGUUCCUGAAGAUCCUCUUUGAUGCGGAGCUGUCCCAGCUGCAACAGAACGUCACCGACACCAAUGUCAUCCUGUCCAUGGACAACAACCGCUCCCUGGACCUGGACAGCAUCAUCGCCGAAGUACAGUCCCAGUAUGAGGAGAUCGCCGAGAGGAGCAAGACCGAAGCCGAGGCCCUGUACCACAGCAAGUAUGAGGAGCUCCAGGUCACCGCUGUGAAACACGGGGACAGCCUGAAGGAGGUCAAGAUGGAGAUCAGCGAGCUGAACCGCAUGAUCCAGCGGCUGCAAGGCGAGAUCGCCCACGUGAAGAAGCAGUGUAAGAGUGUGCAGGACGCCAUCGCCGACGCCGAGCAGAGGGGAGAUCACGCCCUCAAGGACGCCCAGGGCAAGCUCACCGGGCUGGAGGAGGCCCUGCAGCAGGCCCGGGAGGACCUGGCCAAGCUGCUGCGCGACUACCAGGAGCUGAUGAACGUCAAGCUGGCCCUGGACAUGGAGAUCGCCACCUACAGGAAGCUGCUGGAGGGCGAGGAGUACAGGAUGUCUGGAGACCUCAGCAACAACGUGACCGUGUCGGUGACGAGCAGCACCAUUUCGUCGAACGUGGCAUCCAGGGCCGGUUUGGGAAGCCAUGGCUCUGGAGGCAGAGGGCCCGGCUCUGGAGGAGGAGGAUUCAGCUCCGGAAGCUCUGGAGGCAGAGGGUCCGGCUCCAGAGGAGGCAGUGGAGGAGGCUAUGGCUCUGGCGGUAGCUCCAGAGGAGGCUCUGGCUCUGGAGGGGGCUCCUAUUCUGGUGGGGGUUCCUAUUCUGGAGGAGGCUCUUAUUCUGGAGGGGGCUCCAGAGGAGGCUCUGGAGGGGGCUCCUAUUCUGGAGGCGGUUCCUGUUCUGGAGGGGGCUCCAGAGGAGGCUCAGGAGGAGGCUCCUAUUCUGGAGGGGGCUCCAGAGGGGGCUCUGGGUCUGGCGGGGCGUGCAGCUCUGGAGGGGGCACAAGAGGAGGUUCUGGGGGUGGCUCUAGAGGCGGCUCCGGAGGGGGAGGCUCCAGCUCUGAAAGGGGAGGGUCUGGGGAGGGCUGCGGCUCCAGCGUGACCUUCUCCUUCAGAUAGACGGCUCCCUGCCUGACUGCCCUGUCUCAGAAUGUAGAAACCCGUCUCUGCACCUCUAGUCGACAGCAAGUCAAACGCUGCCACCCACCUCUGUUGGCAUUUGGGGGAAGCGAUACCCGCACUUGCUUUCGAAAUAGCUUCUUUCUAAGCCAAUGGGUCGGAGCCAGCGACACCCUCUGUCCCCUGGGGAAGACUCUGCACCGUCUGGCUUUGUGGGUGCAGCCCAGCAUCCCCCCUUCCCCCUCCUUGCACCCCCCCCACUUCGUGGUCCUUGCCAGCAAGUAUUUUGUCGAGGACCCCAUCUUAAAACCUGCAUCUCUCCCCAGAAAAGCCGAGUUUCUGUGUAUAGUUUGCCUCGCUGGCUCUGUGUCUCGACGGCUGUGCUUUGGUGUGUGUACAAUAAACUUCAUUUGC